AUGUCUGACGCCGCCGCCGCUCCAGUUCAGGCUCAAGCAGCUCCAGCUCCACCAACUCAUGCUCCACUGACCCCACACAAGCACUGCAACACUCGUGACCGUCUCUUCGGCCAGGAAUCUCCAGCUGUAGCCUCACCAAAACGUGUGACUCCAACAUACAAGUCUCAGAUUUUCGAUGACGUUCCAGCGUCGCCAUCGAGAACUCCAAAGAAGACUAUUCCAGUUCUUUCCCGCAACCCAGUGACCGGAGAGAUCAAACAAUCACCAUCUCAACAAAAAAUCGCUGCCUAA